AUGACGACGGCCGUGUCGCCGACUGUGACCGUGAGGGACAAUGGCGCAGGAGCUGGAAAUGGCACGGGCAGCGCAAAGCUGCCCGGACCAGCAUUUUACAGCACUGUCGUGUGCCACGUGGCAAGGAGCGGAGCCGGCGGCUGCAAGGCAUUGCCCGGGAUGUCAGCAGGCGAAGCAAGAAUCGACGACCCACGUUCAGAACUGUCAGAACUGACCAAAUCACUGGUAGGUGUGGAGUCGCUGCUGCCUGAGGAGCUGGAGGGCCUGGGGGACGGUGGCCGAGUUGGCUUCUGGGUGCGGGGCUUCGGCUUGCGUCGUUGUUUGGCGCACGGCUUGGGCCGCGAAGCGACCUUGGGUCGUGCCCUGGACUUGGGAGCCGCAACAGCCGCAGGGCUGGGGCAGCUUGACGAGUCGUCAUCCUCGUCGGCCACUGUGGUGCGAGCGGCACCCGUGCCAGUGGUUCUGGCUUUCGCGGCCGGCCUCUUAGGCAUAUUGCGAGCGUCACGCCGAGAAGUAUGCCCAGAACUCGCCUAA